CGCGCGGCCUUGACCGAGGUCCUUCCAUAUACCCCGUGAUCGCCAAAACAACACAACAAAAGUGUUGGGAACAUGGCAAGCGGAGAGGAGGCCACAAAACGCCCCCUGGUGCCCUCCUCCUCGGUCGGCCUGGAGGACCUCUUCCCCUCCGGGGCCUCGGAGCAGACGUGCGGGGACGGGAACCCGGAGCUCGACCGCCUGCGGGAGCGUCUCCAGGCUUGGCUAUCGCAGUACGAGCCGCUGCUGCUGUGGGUGCAGCGGCUGCUGGUGUGGGAGAGGCCGCUGUACAGCAUCUCAGCCGCCCUGACGCUCAACACUUUAUUCUGGCUCCUGUCGUCCACCUCCCUGCGGCCCCUGUUCCUGCUGAGCGUGUCCCUGCUGGGCCUGAUGCUGCUGGAGAGGUGGAAGCCCAAGUUGCCCAUCAUCACAGUCCAACAUGCUGAGGCCGAACCUUUGCAAAGCCCGACUCUGAGUUCGGAGCAUCACCUGCUCAGCGUGCCUGAGCUCAGCCACCACCUCGCCGAGAGCUACCUGACCUGCUGCCUGUAUCUGCAGGAGACGCUGCAGUACAAACGCAGGAACCACGGACGGUUCUGCAUGAUGAUGUGCAGCGGCUGCUUUGCGCUCGCGCUGGUUGGACACUAUGUGCCAGGAAUCAUGAUUUCAUACAUCAUAGCCCUAAGCGUGCUGCUGUGGCCCUUGGUGGUGUAUCACGAGCUGAUCCAGAGGAUGUACACCGGCCUGGAGCCCAUCCUGAUGAAGCUGGACUACAGCAUGAAGGGCGACACCGAGCACCGCAAGCACGACAAGAGGAAGGUAAAAAAGGAGGUGGAGGAGGGGGACGAGCCCAGAGCCGAAACGGAAAGCGAGAGCGAGGAAGAGGAGGAGGAAUUGUCCUGUUUUGCUCCAACGGUGGAUGUAAAGACUACGGCUCUGGCCAUGGCCAUCACAGACUCCGAGCUGUCGGACGAGGAGGCGUCCAUAUUGGAGAGCGGAGGGUUCCCCGUGUCCAGAGCCACCACGCCUCAGCUGGCCGACUUCUCUGAAGAGCCGGACCAGCAGAGCUUCCACGCCGACCCGGACGAGGCCUUUCACCGGGAUCUCCCCGAGUUUCCCUCCGUCGAGGAGUUCCCCUCCCUGGAGCACGGCCUGCUUCACUUCCCCCUGCGAGGGGCGAGCCAGGGCGACGGAGCCCAGGCGGAGAAGGAGCCGCUGAGCCCCGCCACCCUGCUCAUCCAGCACCUGGCGUCGCCGCUGCACUUCGUCAACACGCAUUUCAACGGACACGGCCAGCCGCCCGGGGGAGAAGGAGCCGCCGCCGCGUCUGCCCCGGCCGCCAGGGAGGAGGCGCAGGCGGAGGCGGUGAGCCAGGGCACGCAGCGCUCCCUGGAGGCGUUGAGCGAGGAGAUAGUGAGCACGGCCAUCUCCGCCGUCGUGCAGAACACUCUGUCGGCGCUGCUGCGCUCCGGCGAGGAGCCCUCCCUGGCCGACUUCCUCCCCACGGAGACCUUACCAGGCGCCCUGGAUUCGCCCACCCCGUCCACCGACACGGCCGACACCGCGGUGCUAGCGCUGGAUCCCGACAGGGACCUGGAGGAGGAGGAGGAGGAGGAGGGGGCCGCGGCAGGAAGCGGCGCCGGCGACGAGCACCCGGACGACACUCUAGUUCCAACGGAGGAAGAGGACUUUGAGCUUUUGGACCAAAGUGAACUGGAGCAGGCGGAUGAGGGUCUGGACAGAGAGGAGGGGGACGGGGAGGAGGGGGCGGCUCCAGACGCGCCUCAACAACCACAGUUAUAGCCCCUGGUCCCCACCUUCCAUCUGCUUUUGUUUUAUUUGUAUGUUAAACCUCCAUCAUAUCCAUACAUACCCCUAUAUAUCUAUAUAAAACGCAUUAAUCCAGGAGUUUCAUAGUGUUGGAUGGGGGGUGGGGAUGGGGGGGGUUACUCUGCUUUAACAUUUCAAGAUUCUUCUCAGAUUUGGUUUCUGAAUUGUUCCUAAUUCAUCAGGCGGCAUUCAGUGAAACAAGGCUUUACUGUACCUUUUUUUUUUUUUUUUUUUAAGGAGGCAUAUUAUUGGGGGUCUUUCAUUAGGAGCUACCUGCUACAAUGUGUUUACAGCUUUAUUCAUAGAAAGUCAAAACUCACUCUAUUACUUUCAGCGUCCUGUAAUCUAAUUAAAUGUUGGUGGUUACAGUAAAUUAGCUCCGGUCGGUAAUGCUCUGUUCUUCCAGGUAGGAAAUGAUGCAAAAAAAAAAAAAAAGAAAAGAAACUCAUGGCCAACCAGCAAUUUAUAGUUAAAGUGGAACUUCUUAAAUAUUUCCUUUUUUUUUUUUUUUUUUUAAUCUUCACAGUGCCAGUCAGAGGUUUACUCAUCAUGGGAAAUUAUCACAGUUCCGGGAUUCGUUUCAGCCUCUUUUUUUUUUGUUUUCGGCAUGGAAUGAUAUUUUUAUAUUUUAUACACAUUGUUUGUAGAUUUUUUUUCUCUAAUCCAUUGGAUCAUAAUUUUAAGAGAAGCUCACAAGUCUUUAGCCAGUGUCAUCUGCGUUUGGAAGCACCGUGUUAGCCCUGCGUUCAUUAUUUCAUUACGCUGCUGACAGUGUUACCACACAGCGUGAUGCUGCCGCCACCACGCACCAUCAUGCUGCUUAUAACAGAACGAUGAUCCAGACGUAGACGCUAAACUUCAGGAGCGGCCUGGACGAACACGCGUGGACUAAAUUAUAAAGUUUGCUCUGUGUGCCGACUCUGCGUUUUCUGGUAACAUUCUAGGUCAGAGUUGUGCCAAAAGUUUUGUCGAUCCCGCCGAAAAGCUCUCCAUGAAACAUUUCCCCAGAUAUUAUAUUUUUUUUAGUCUAUAAAUGAAGUUUAGACCCCUAGGAAAUCCCCAAAUUACGGUUAUUUGUUUGGAAGUCAUGCCCCCCCUGAUAGAAAUGGCUAAAACGAACGGCACUGAUGCCCAAUAUGGCUGAAUUUAAACCUCUGACCACAACCAGCCGAGCACAAAUCUGUCCCCUUCACACGCCCCUGUUGGUACAGUAGAACAUUGUGUAUUUUUUUUCCUUUUCCUCCUGAUGUCUGAAGCAAAACCUGAAUGAAGGAUUACGAGGCGGUGAUCAGAAUCUGGGUUCUGACAGGCCCGAUGAAGCCCGGCAGCCUGGUUACAGUAAUAACGCCCCAGCUCCCCCGGCUGGAUCUGUCCAAGAAGUUCACCAGAAGGACUUAGAUGUAUAACUAUUAAUAUAUGCUAUAAAUUAUUUAAAUUAAUCACCAGCUGGUAAAAGAGAAACCUUUUAAGAGGGUGACUGAAAAGUUUAUUUUUUAUCCUUUUUGGCUACCAUAAUGAUUGUAUAUAGGUGUUUUAAUGACACAAUGUACAUCCGGGUGUAAAUUGUAGGAAAAGUACACGAGUCCCUUACUGAACCUCUACGUUUUAGAUUAAUAAAGCAAAAACACUUUUUAUUGAGUUGUUGCCUGAAAAAAAAAAAUCGCAGCUUUUUGACGUUAUUGGAUGUUAAUAAUAAAGAAAUGAUGCACACAAGUGACUUUCAUGCAAGGUGGGACGGAAGAAGGAUGGGAUCAAUUCUAGUUAUUUAUUUAUUUUUUGUCAUUUGUGCACAAUUGGUCCAUUUGUGACUGAAUUUUCUCCUGAACUCGAAAAAAAUAUAAAUAUAUAUAAUGAUAGGCCCUACAUGUGUAUAGCUGUUGCUGGAGUAUGUAUAUUUCCCCAUGUUCUUUACUGUUCAUGCCUGCGGUGCGUCACGCAUGUACGACUGUUUUGUUUAAUGGGAGAUGUGGGCUUCCCUCCCUCCCCCGCCCGAAAGAAAAAAAAAAAAAAAGGUUGAACAAUUAAUUUACAAUUGGCUUUUAAAAUCUCUGCUUUUAUAAACCACUCAGCAUCCGACUCUCAGGUUUAUACAAAGCGAAUGCAAACACUGCAGAACAUGUAUCCAUUUCCUGACCAGUCGUAGUGUAUCGUAUUUCUACUAACCUCUGAUCUGUUUAUCCCCCAGUUGUUAAUAGUGUAGAAAUGGGAAGAAGAAGAAGAAAAAAAAAGUUGGAAAGUGUAUUUUCUGCAUGUAAAAACAGCACUCUGUUUAAGUUCUCCUUGUCUACAGACAAAGUACUGCACAACUUGUGAUGGAAAGGAAGAAAAAAAAAACACAAACCAUUGAACGCUUCAGGCGAAAAGAGGUUCAGUCUGUUUGAUAUUUUGUUACUAAUGAUGGGAAUAAAAGUGUAAUGUUUAAAAGUUAUCAUCUGUACAUAGAAAUGGGUUGGUAAAGUGUGACAUUAACAAAAACAAAUGUGUUCGGGAGUCAUGUUUUAUGCUUAAAUACUAUAAAAACAGACGUUUAACAAACCACA